UAAUUAAACUUAAAUUGCCUGUCGGUUGAAAAUCAACUGAAAAAUCGAAAUUAUGACAAUUACUACAGUUUACAUUGGCAUUUUGCAUGUUUGUUUAACUUAAUUUAUUAACGUGGCGCAAUCGCUUGAUUAAUCACUUAAUUCCCCAGCAAGGAAAACCUCCUCGACUUUGGCCAUAAAUCCCACGAGUGUGUUGACAGGUCUUGAGACAAAAGUUUGCGAAAAUUACCGCUAUCUAAUUUGUUUAAGGAAACAAAUGAUAAUUGAUAAUAAACGCUGGAUGUUAUUUUUGAUACUAUCACUGCACCAUGACUUGCAAAGUGUCUUUAUUGUAGUAAAAGUGGCAGAGCAUAAUACGAUGAUGUGGUUGGAUGAAGGCAAGAGACGCGUCUUGGGCGACUCGGACGACGACAGUGUCAGCAGUGGCGAGGAGGUGCCCAUAUGGGUGCGAGGCGAGCAGAGAUGGGUCUCUGGCAUCACCGGCGAGACCACGUGCCAGGACGUCAUCCAGGUGCUCCUCCAUGACGAGGAGAGCAGGGGCCGCCACAUCGGUUUGCCAGAACAGUACCAUAUAACAGAGCGGUGGAGAGGCGUGGAGCAGCCUUUAGACCGCCAGUCUGUCAUUUUAGACAUUUGGAAUGCUUGGGGAACAGCACAGCCUGAAGUCAAAAUAUCACUCAGACGCAUCAAAUAUGACAGGCCACCAAGUCGAAGAACCCGCUGCCGGUCCGACUCGAGCACUUGGUCAGACCGCAGCGCUUGGAAGACUAUCCACCCGAAGAGGCUCCACGCGUUACAGAACGAAAAACAACCAUCAAGUACGGAAGAAUUACUGAAACUAGUUCUAGCUCAAGGAGAAGUUAUAAGACGACAAUUAAAGAAGUUGAGACACAGCGAACACCAAAUCGGCUAUUUAGAGGAUAAGACGCACAAGGCCCGCGUGCGCAAACACGGCAGCAACUACCUCCUGGAGACGUACCUAAAGGGCUUAUCCGAGGCUGUAGACCCCGAAAAUGACGCCAAUUUGUGCGCUGACAAAAACAGCGACAGUGGAGUCAUGACUGAAGGCGACAGCGAGCAGUCUAAUACCAAGUCGAGACCAGCGGAAACGUUUGAGCGGUUUUCUCCCUCGUCCGAAGAGUUCAGCAAAGACAUAAAAGACGACGACACGAGCUCCACAGUGAGCGAAGCGACGAUCAGGGAACAAAUCGAAUUAUUCGAGUCUAUAGCGAAAUUGAACAAACGUCUUCUCAAGGAAGAAGAGAGUUUAGUUAGGCUAGAUGCGAAUCUAAAGAAGUACGAUAAGCACAAAACGGACGACUUGGCGAAAGCACUCACUAAUUUGAGGACGGAAAUGACUAAAAGUGCCUGCGAAAUGCAACAUAAUGAGGUGGUUCUCGAGGAAACGAUGGAGAUGUUGCUUAAUCGGCGGCAUUACCUGGAGAAUCUUCACAGGGACCUUGCUAAUGAAGAGCAGGAGCACGAGAUGCUGCAAGCGCUGAUGUUCAGCACCAGGAGGCAGAGGCACAACCCGGACAGUUGUAGUCCCUACUACUCACAUACCAAAGAAUUGUUAGAUACCUUAGUUUAGCGCUUUUAAUCCCUAAUUAAUUUAAUACCAAAUAUCUUGUACCUAAUUCACGUUGGAAAUUUGUUAGUCAUUGAUCUGAAAUAUAUGUUUUUUACAAACUCGA